AUGACAGUUUCACCAAAUAUAGAAGAAGGUCAAUUUUUCAUAAGGCCAACAAGAUUUAACGGAAAAUACUAUGAGUGGUGGAAGACGAGAAUGCACGACUUCAUCAUGGCUGAAGAUUUAGAGUUGUGGGAUAUCAUCUGUGAUGGUCCCCAUAUUCUAGCACACACAAGUGAAGAUGGUGUUAAAAUCACUGCCAAAACAAGGAAAGAAUACAAUGAUGCUGACAGGAAGGCAGUGGAGAAAAAUUAUAAAGCAAAGAAGAUCCUUGAGUGUGGAAUAGGACCUGAUGAAUACAAUCGAGUCUCAGCAUAUUCAACUGCUAAAGAGAUCUGGAAAGCUCUCCAAACUGCUCAUGAAGGAACAACGCAGGUGAAAAACUCCAAAAUUGACAUACUCAUUGUUAUAUCCCGAGAGGACAUCACAACUACUAAACUGGUGAGGAAGCUGGUUGGUGUUUUGCCGGAUUCUUGGGAUAGCAAGGUAGAUGCUAUUUCUGAAGCCCAAGACCUCACCAAGCUGACAGUCGAUGAACUCAUUGGAAACCUUAAAACCUAUGAGAUGAAGAUGACCUUGAAGAAAGAUGAAAAGAAUGAAGUAAAAAAAGAAAAGAGUCUUGCUCUCAAGGCUUCCAGAGAAGACUCAAGUGAUGAUGAAUCUGAGCUAGUAUAUCUCACACGAGGAUUUAUUAAACUGAUCCGAAGAAGUGGUGGAACCCUGAAGGCAGGAAGCUCCAGCAGAAACUCCAGAGGAAAUGACUAUCUCUGCCAUAGGUGUGAUAGACUUGGUCACUUUGCCAAAGAGUGUUCUCUGAGUAAACGUAGGAUACGCUAUGACGGAAUCAGGACUUUCCUCCAAAAUGUGAGUCCUGGAAGAGGACGACAAAAGGGAUACAUCCAUGUGGUCAUUGAAGAUGAAGCCUCCAAGUAUGAGUCUAUCUUUGCUCUCAUGUCAAAGUCAGAUUUAGACGAUAGUGACGAGAGCGAUGAAGUGGAAGAGGUAAAUUUCUUGAAGGCAUGCCAUCUUUUGACAGACCUAUCUGGCAUAGACUUGUUUGUGGCUGAUCUCGAAGCGUUGGAGACAUAUCUUAAUUAUUUCUACUGCAUAUCGAAGCGAUGGACCAAGCCACUUCCUGAAACAUAUGAUCCGGAACAAGUGUCGGAAUAUUUCAAUUUGAGACCCCAUGUGGUGGCUCUUCGUCUGCUUGAGGUAUUUGUUGCCUUCACUUCUGCUGCCAUCCAAAUUAGAAUAUCAGGACUUCUCCCCACUUCAAAUGAAGAUGUCGAGAAGGAAACGUCAAACUACAUUCUUGGGAAGGUUUUAAAGGAAACAAUGCUAAACCUUGGUCCUACUUUUAUCAAGAUUGGUCAGUCUCUCUCAACAAGGCCUGAUAUAAUUGGUUCUGAAAUUACAAAGGCGCUGUCUGAGCUCCAUGAUCGAAUUCCACCUUUCCCCAGGGAUGUGGCCAUGAAGAUCAUCGAGGAAGAUUUGGGUUCUCCUAUUACGACAUAUUUUAGCUACAUCUCUGAAGAACCUGUUGCUGCAGCUUCAUUCGGUCAGGUGUAUAGAGGGAGUACUCUCGAUGGUUCAAGUGUGGCUGUGAAAGUUCAGCGACCAGACUUGCGCCAUGUCGUAGUUCGGGAUGUAUAUAUUCUUCGUGUUGCGCUGGGACUCGUGCAGAAGAUAGCAAAAAGGAAAAAUGAUCUUCGUCUCUAUGCAGAUGAGCUUGGAAAAGGGUUGGUUGGGGAGUUAGAUUACACCUGCGAAGCUGAAAAUGCCAUGAAGUUUAAGGAAGUCCAUUCUACAUAUUCUUUCAUCCGUGUUCCAAAUGUUUAUCAAGGUCUAAGCGGAAAGAGAGUUUUGACUAUGGAAUGGUUGGUUGGUGAGAGUCCAACUGAUUUGAUGAUGUUAUCCACAGAGGAUUCUGUUGUUCAUCAAUCAACACAUGGAGAGGGGUGCCAAACCGAAGCUAAACGACGUCUGCUUGAUCUGGUUAACAAAGGAGUACAGGCAUCAUUAAUUCAACUCCUUGACACUGGGUUACUACAUGCUGAUCCACACCCUGGAAAUUUAAGAUACACAUUGUCAGCACAAAUCGGGUUUCUUGAUUUUGGCUUGCUUUGUCGGGUGAAAAGGAAGCAUCAGUAUGCUAUGCUUGCAUCCAUUGUGCACAUUGUAAAUGGUGAUUGGGGGUCUCUUGUGCUUGAUCUAAUUGAAAUGGAUGUUGUUAAGCCAGGGACUAAUUUACGCCUUGUCACCAUGGAUUUGGAAGAUGCUUUAGGGGAAGUUGAAUUUAAGGGUGAAAUUCCUGAUAUCAAGUUUAGCCGGGUUUUGAGUAAAAUCGUGUCUGUAGCAUACAAGUAUCAUUUCCGCAUGCCACCAUACUUCACCCUUCUGCUUCGUUCUCUUGCCUCCUUAGAAGGAUUGGCAGUGGCUGGAGAUCCAAGUUUCAAAACUUUUGAAGCUGCAUUUCCCUAUGUUGUUCGGAAGCUUCUCUCUGAUAAUUCUGUUGCUUCGAGGAAAAUUCUACAUUCGGUGGUAUUAAACAGAAAGAAAGAAUUUCAAUGGCAAAAGCUAGCUCUUUUCCUAAGAGUGGCGGCAGCUAGGAAAGGGUUGAACACUAUCAUGGCACCAAAUCCUCAAGCAUCUCUUGCUUAUUUGAACUCUAUCGUGGCACCAAAUCCUCAAGCAUCUCUUGCUUAUUCUUCUGAUGGAGCUGCUGGUGUAUUUGACGUUGCAAACUUGGUGUUGAGAAUACUACCAUCUAAAGACGGCAUUGUGCUGAGAAGAUUGCUAAUGACGGCAGAUGGUGCUUCAUUAGUUAGAGCAUUUAUUUCCGAGGAGGCAAAAUUCUUUCGUCAACACCUUUGCAGAAUUAUUGCUGAUCUACUGUCCCAGUGGAUUUUUGAAGCACUUGGAAGUAAUGUAAUUAGCUCCCAAGUGCAGCUAACUGGUGCGCCCAAUGUAAUGCUAGGAUCGUCUUCUGCGGCAUUCUCACGGGACUAUGAUUGCAAGUCAACCCUCCAAGAUUGCCGGCUUAAACUGAUUCUCUUCAAGGUGUUAGGUUCUGCAAGAAAAAGUCCAGUACUGAUGAUGAGGUUUUUCUGCACUUCAUGGCUGAUUUUUAUCAAAGCAUCAGCUUUGGCUUGUCAUCGGUUUUUGGUUUGUCUCUCCAACGCUUACCUGGAUCGUGUUUCACUUGCUCCACGGGAAGUUGUAGUUGGCGCAUAAAGUUUCGGUUGGGCCACAGGGACUUGAGUUAUUCAAUACCCUCUUUUACAAGUUAGAAUAAGGAGAUUGCAACAAACCACAUCUUACAAAAGCCAUGAAUACCAAAAUCGAGUAGCCUAGCAAAGUGGAUUUUGUUUACUUGCUUUGAGCUAAAAUAGAAGUGAGCACUUGCAGCAACUACUUGAUGUACAGCUUAACGUGGCCCUCUAUCCCGGAAACACUCAACAUAUAUUAUGACUCGCACUUUGCAAGUUGCAUCAGAGGACUACCCUUGGCUCUCCAGGAAUUAUAUGGUUGAUGUUAUAGGAAAUUGUAUAGCACAGGUGAUUGUAAACUUGUAAUCUCCUUGUGCAUGUACAUCCUCAUUCUUAUACUUGCUGGUUCGAAAGAUUUGUACAGACAAAGAAAACGAAGAAGGCUUCUUGUACUAUAUAUCAAAAAUGAAGAAGGCUUCUUGAAUAUUGUUAGAUUGAGUGUUCUUUUAUGGGAAGAAUACCUAGUUCGGCAUUCAGAGAUGUUCAUUUAGGGUCUGUUUGGAAAUCACUGUGUAAUUACUACUUGAUCUAGGAAUUACACAAAAUAGUAAUUAAAUGACCUGGUUGUUUGCCGCAACAUAAUUGAAGCGUAAUUUUUAGUGUCA